UUUAAUGCACAGAGUGUGGGAAAACUCUGGAGAGAAGAGUGUAGCUUGAUUAGCAUCCUUGACCCCACCAGUAGCCGACUAUUCUCCAAAGGGAUUUGGCACACGUCAGGAAACAGCUGCCUCAACCUCCCACCCUCAUUUAUGGAGCUGAAAUUUUGAUUCAGUUGUUGAUACAAGGUCACAGUUAUGAUGGGACGAUCAAAAAAUGUAACUGAAAGUUGACUGAAUAAUCUGUCAGAACAAUUUAGUCAACCCUUAAUGACAACACUUUCAUCAAACUUUUAAACUUUGCAAACUGUCAGAGGCAGCCAAUGGUGAUCUUUCCCUCCAGAUGGUUUGGUGACGUCAGGCUCUGUUUCUACUACAACACACGUCCAGUAUCAGCCACAAAAGCUCCAUUCAAAGUCCCUUUGUGGUUCAUUGACCACAGUUCAGGGAGUCAGUGUGGGAACCAGAGAGCAACUUUCUACUCACAGUGACAUCAAGACACAAGUCAGGGGACUGUGCCACAUCUGGACAGCAACAUGAUCAUUGUUAUUAUAACAUUUAGAUACAUCAAGGGUAUUACGGUCUUUUCAAUGCCCAACAGAAAUGGUGUCCAAAAUACAACAAAUCAAACAAAUUUAGAUUUAGGAAAAAGGUCAAAUUUUAUGAAAAGAAAAAAUCUAAAUUAUUGAAGUAAAGAGGGCGAUAUGUGGCCUGAAUUGUACUUUUCAGAUUUGGGCUGUGGCUCAGAGGAAGCAUUAAAACAAUUAAAUUUAGUUACAUGUAAAUAAACAGGAUGUUUUAAACUAAAUGUAAUUAACUGUCACUCCCCCACGUGUGUGAUGAGAUGAUCAGCGUGUGCUCAGUCAAAGUCAUUGAUCCCAGCAUCAGGCAGCAGAUCUGCUCUCUCUACAGGGUCACUGCUUUCCCAGAUUCACACAGAGCUCUCUGAGUCUCUCUCCAUCACCCCCCCAGUCCUCCACCUGUUCCCCUGAGAUCUAACUAUUGUCCCUUAACUAAUAUGACCACUGAGCAUGUGGCAGUUCAGCAGUCCUUUUACUUUUCUUAAGCUCUCUGAUUGGUUGAGAGUGUGAGAACCUUCAGCCAGACCAAGACCCACACAUUCAUAUGGAGAUGUGGGACUAUAAAUAGGAGGGAUGAAGCCAGCAGAGAUCAGACUCUCUCUACAGAGACCUCUACAGCACACACAUCCAGACAUGGCACCUACAAUCACUGCAGAAAUGACCAACUCUCAGGAGCAUCUGACUCUGACUCACAAGCUCAGAAAGCCUCUGGUGGAGAAGUUACGCAGAGAGCGAAUCAACAGCAGCAUUGAGCAGCUCAAGUCUCUCCUGGGUCCAGAGUUCCUCAAACAGCAGCCAGAUUCCAAGCUGGAGAAAGCAGACAUCCUGGAGAUGACAGUUUGCUUCCUGACACAGCUGCAGCAGCAGCAGCAUCAAGCUGUGGACUCAGCAGCUGUCAAUCAGGGCUACUCCAGAUGUGUCCAAGAGGUGGCACACUUCCUGUCCAAAGAGGAGGUGAAGACACAAUCCCAGAGAAGACUGCUGAACCACUUCAACAGGCUGCAGUCCUCCUCUGAUAAGAACCUGAGAGAGGCUGACUUCUCUCCUCUGAGCUCCUCAGUCCAGACCAGCAUCACCAAAGACAAGAGUCCAGUCAACAGCACCCUCUGGAGGCCAUGGUAGACACCUACAGACUGGAGUCACUACCAGACAAACUGAGAUGACCAUGUUGGUCAAAGAUUACUGAACUGAAUUCUAUGAAAUUGAAGGACUUGUUCUUCUGUAGAAACAGAAGGUUGUAUUUUCUGUGUUUUUCCUGAGGAAAUGACACAACACUAUCUUUCAAGUUAAGAAAGAAAACAUCUUGUCAUGCAUGAUGCAUGAAUCAAAUCUGAUUGCAUUAGCAAUUAUUAUUAUACCUCACUGUACUUCAAGUGAUGGUAGUGUAUAAAUCUAUGGUAACAUCUGUUAUCUUUUGGUUGGUAUUGAUCAUUAUGAUGAAAUAUCUAAAUGUCCUUUAUUAUGGACAUAUUGUCAUAAUGGACUUUAUAUCACUUUAAUCUCUGUGAUUAUUUAAAACUGAUCUGUUGUAAGAUCCAAAUGUUUAUGCUUUUUUUUUUUUUUGUUUUACUAAAUGUCACAGUUUCUCUGUGUUACUUUUAUGCUUCACUGUGCAUCAUGUUUUGGUUAAACAUGAUGCAAUAGUGAGUUUUGUUACAGCUUGAAUAGUAUUGAUCAUUUUGAUCAGACAUUUUAAUUGUCCUUUUUAUGGACAUUUUGUCAUAAUGGACUUUCUGUCACUUUAUGUGAUUAUUGAAAACUGAUCUGUUUUAAGAUCAAUAUGUUUAUCCUUUUACUGUAAAAGGUUUGUUUAAUGUCACACUGUCACAGUUUUAAGUGACAAUGUAAGUUUUACAUUUAGAGAAUUAACUGAAUGGUGUGGUUAUGAAGAAUGUGACCUGUUGUAAGGUCAGUUUUACUGUUUUUUGUUCAGUAAUUGUAAAUGUUUAAUCACUGGAUAAAAACUCUCAAAAGACAGUGAGGACUGUGUCCUCAAAUACUGUCAAAUGUUUGUCUCUUAUAAAGACAGUUGAUCCCUUACUCUCUCUGAGUACAGUGUGUCUUGUAGAAAUCUACAAGUUGUUGUGAUGUAUCAUCACCUCUAGUUGGAGCUUUCAUACUUGUUGUGGCUUGCUGAAUAA